AUGGCGUUCAAUUUCAACUGGUCGCCAUUGAUGGCCGACGCGGGUUUCUACACCCGCGCUCAGGACCUGUUGACGGCUGCAUUGAAUAAGUCACCAAAACCACCUAUUAUAGUCGACGACAUUAAAGUCACAGAGCUGAAUCUGGGUUCCAUACCUCCAGAUCUCGAAAUCCUCGAAGUCGGCGACCUUGCGGAAGACCGGUUUCGCGGUAUCUUCAAGAUGUCGUAUAAUGGCGAUGCUUUUUUGACGUUGAAGACAAGAGUGCAAGCGAAUCCGUUGAAUACGUUUUUAGUUACGCGACCGUCUUUCGCGUCACCGAAGCCGCUGGCCGCGGCUGCUGGCUUAACUAUACCACUACAGAUUACACUCUCGGAAUUUCGAUUAUCAGGUUUCGUCGUAUUGGUGUUUUCGAAACAGAAGGGAAUUACGGUGUCAUCGACCUUCGAUUCGAUUUCAUUUGUACGCGACUACUUGCAAAAGGCGAUUGAGGGACAACUCCGAGCUCUGUUUAUGGACGAAUUACCGGCCAUCAUACAUCGACUAUCAUUGCGACUGUGGGUGCCGGAAUAUCGCGAUAGAGAAUCAGAAUCGGUCAAUACUCUAGAUCAAUCUUCAGGCCCCGGUCAAGACCCUCUUGCAAGCCCUCCUCAGGAUCCAGUCGACGCAUCGGGAAAUGCACUCAACCCGUCAGAAGUUGCUUCACUGUCGUUAGACUCCGGGGUCGAGAUUCACUCACUAUUUUCACAGAAAAACUUACUUCGAUUGGCAGCAUUGACUGAUUCACAGCGCACAUUGUCGCUGUUUACGCCAUCUAUCAAAGAUGUUGUAUAUAGAGCCUGGACUGCAUCAACGGAACUUGGAGAUAGCAACACAUUGACGUCACCUGCUAGCCCGGUUCUAUCUCGCGCUCAGUCUCAUAUCGGCUCCCUCCAUUCUUUCGUCGACAAUGCUAGCACGAUAUCGAUGCAAAGCGGUGGAUCGAGCAAUUUCAGCGGCCACGGCCUAAAUUUGAGAUCGGGGCGACACCCGCGGCCCCAUGGUAAAAAGCGCAAGAAGCGCGUCGUUGAUCUGCGUCGACCAAAGACUACAGACGACAUGGAAAGCGUAAGUGGAGAGAGUGUUUUCUCUUCUGAGAAUGCCACUAGUGCUCCUACGAUUUUCUCGUCUCCGGCCCAAUUUUCCGAGGAAAAGAACGACGAUCCGGUGACUCCACCACUUGCGCCUCAGAAUGAUUUGCAUCUGCCUACUAUUCAUGAACGCCGAAGAAUCAGCCAAGGUGAACACACCCUGACCCGGCGCUCUGUGCCAUCAAUGUCAGAGGUUGCACAACCCUCUUCCAGUCGCAACUCCGCUGCGAUGAUUGCAGACACAUGGCCGGAUCCUGAUGCCACGCCUCGCAAUUCGAUACGCUUACCGAGCUCCGACCGAGCAAACAAUCCGCUUACAACUGCACAUCUUCCGAGCUCUGCAAUUCAAUAUCCCCCGCCGAUUCCCGACAACAACGAUCCUAGGCAACAAGCCUGGCUUUCCAAAAUGGCAGCCGAACUAGCCCGCAGGAUCCAAGAAGAAAAAGUCGGUCCUUCCGGAUCAAGGCCGUUUCCAGAUUUCUGGGAUGAUCAUAGUCGAGAGGAAAUUCCACCUCCGGCCUACGGUCACUAAAACAUUCUCUUUUCUCUUUCCUUUGUUAUCUCCUUUCCCUCUGCAUAUAAUCUCCUAGUCAGCGUUCUUCCGCCGGGUUGCAGAUUCACGACCGUUAUGAUCCUAAUGUAAUGUUUUUAUGCUCGUUUCCCCUUUUUUCCUGGACAUCCAUACUCGGAAAGCGGGCAUCUUCAUAUUGUAUAUAAUCUGCAUCGUUCCUCUCCAUUCAAUCGGCUGACACAACCGAUUACUACCUUGUUUUUGUUCAUUGUUGUAUUUCUAUUUCUGUUUUUGUGACUGUUAUUCUUUUUUUUUCCUUUACCAUUAAAAUGAUACCACUAGCGGUCUUUGGGAAUUCUGUUUACUCCGGCACUCUUUACUAAUUUAUGCACUGCUUUUCGUUCUGACUGGGAGAAUUUGUCGUUUUUGUUCUUUUGCAUUGUUUGUAAGCUAUUGAUUAGAAUAUCUCGGAGCUCCCUACUCUCAUGAAAUUGAUAGCGAUCAUUUUGUCUUGGGUUUGAUUUUGUGUGUGGGUUUUUGUCGCUCAUUACUCAGACUCAUAGCUUCUA